AUGUUUAAUCCAUCCAAUGUGUUCGACGGCCAAAGCGAUCUGCUUGAACUCGCGCGCCAGGCGGCGACCACGGCGGGGCAGAAUGAGCCACCGCCACCUCCUCCGCCGCCGCAGCAGAUGCCGGCGAUGGUCGUCCACCACCCCCGCGGCGGCGAUCUGGAGAGCCGAAUGGCCAAUCAUGUAAUGGACCCAUCUUCCGGCGACGACCAGGAGCCGCCGAAGAAGAAACAGUACCAUCGCCACACUCAGCACCAGAUUCAGGAGAUGGAAGCGUUCUUCAAGGAGUGUCCUCACCCUGACGACAAACAAAGAAAGGAGCUUGGACGACGAUUGGGGCUGGAGCCUCUGCAAGUCAAGUUUUGGUUUCAAAACAAACGCACUCAGAUGAAGGCACACCAUGAGCGCAAUGAGAACACACAGCUCAGGCACGAGAACGACAAGUUGCGCGCGGAGAGUCUCCGGUACAAGGAGGCUCUAUCAAACGCGAUUUGUCCAACUUGUGGCGGUCCGGCGGCCUUCGGAGACAUGUCCUUCGACGAGCAGCAUCUGAGGAUGGAGAAUGCUCGUCUUCGCGAGGAGAUCGAGAGGAUGGCGGGGAUGGCCUCUAGGUAUGCCGGGAAAUCGGUGGUUGCAUAUCCUAACCUUAUGCCGCAUCCCCAGAUCGAAAAUGGAGUCGGAACCUACGGGGGACAAUUUGGCAUGGGUCUCGGCAACCUCAUGUAUGCAUCGAAUACCGAUCUUCUGAGGAUGGUCGCCUCCUCGCCUAUUUGCGACAUGUCAAUGAUCAUCGAUCUCGCUGUCACAGCGAUGGAAGAACUUCUUCGAAUGGCGCAAGCGGGAGAGCCUUUGUGGAUGUCGAGCAUCGACAAUUCCCUCGAGAUGUUGAACGAGGACGAGUAUUUCCGAUCGUUCCCUCGCGGGAUUGGUUCUAAGGUCAUAGGAAUGGCGACUGAAGCUUCGCGCGAUUCGACCGUGGUGAUGAUGCAUCACUCGAACAUUGUCGAGAUCAUGAUGAAUGUGGAUCGAUGGAACAAGGUGUUCUGUAACAUUGUGUAUCACGGCUCGACGUUGGAUAUACUCACAAACGGCGCUACGGGGACAUACAAUGGAGCUCUACAAGUGAUGAGUGCUGAGAUGCACGUCCCUUCGCCGUUCGUCGCGACUCGGAAGUCCUACUUCGUGAGGUAUUGCAAGGAACACACUACGGGGACUUGGGCUAUCGUCGAUGUUUCGGUGGAUGAUUUUUGGCCUAGAGAAGGAUUGCGAUGCCGACGUAGGCCCUCCGGUUGUCUGAUCCAAGAGCUUCAGAACGGUUACUCGAAGGUUACUUGGGUUGAACAUGUGGAAGUAUAUCACAAAGAUGUUCAUAGCCUCUACAUCCCAUUGGUCUAUUCGGGACUCGGGUUCGGGGCUCGUCGUUGGCUCACGACGCUCGAGCGACAAUGCGAAAGACUCGAAAACCUUCUGGCGAAUGCCGUUUCUCCCAGCGAUUACGGAGUGGUAACAUCGCCGGAGGGUAGGAAGAGUAUACUGAAAUUGGCUGAAAGAAUGCUGAUGAGCUUUUGCGACGGGGCUGGCGCCGCGACCGGAGAAACAUGGGCAGUGCUGUCUGGAAAUGGCCUCAACGAUAUUCGAGCGAUGACUAGGAAGAGCAUCAACGACCCCGGGAAGCCACCGGGCAUCAUCCUUAGCGCCGCGACCUCGUUUUGGCUUCACUUGCCGCCAAAGCGAGUCUUCGAAUUCCUCCGAAGCCAUACGACUAGAAACAAGUGGGACGUUCUCUCGAACAACAGCGAAGUUACUGAAAUGGCGUAUAUUGCCAAUGGGAGCGACCCCGGGAACUCGGUCUCUCUACUCCGGGUCAAUGGAAUGAACCAGAACCAAAACAACAUGUUGAUAUUACAAGAUAGUUGCUUCGACGCUUCCGGCGCAUUCGUUGUCUAUGCGCCGGUCGACAUUGUGGCUAUGAACAUUGUCCUAAGCGGCGGGGACUCUGAGUAUGUCGCCUUUCUCCCGUCGGGCUUUGCCAUACUUCCCGACGGCCCUAAAACCCCGAGCCAUUAUGGCGGGGACGGCGUUAUGGAUAUUGGUUCAGGUGGAUCGUUGGUCACUGUGGCCUUUCAAAUCUUGAUCGAUUCGAUCCCGACUGCUCAGAUGUCGCUCAGCUCCGUAAACACCGUCUACAACCUCAUUAGGUGCACCGUCGACCGGAUCAAAGCUUCCGUCGGCGGCCAUGACGAUAUCUGACCGCCCCCUGCCGCCGGGCC